UUUUAGAUUUGCCCAGUUGCCCAGUCAUGGCUUCAGUCAGUGAUUUCCUGUCUGAAGAUCAGUUCCUGUGUUCUAUCUGUCUGGAUGUAUUAACUGAUCCGGUCUCCACUCCAUGUGGACACAACUUCUGCAAGACCUGCCUUACAGAACACUGGAGAAUCAGUCAACACUGGCAUUGUCCAUUCUGUAAAGAGAAAUGUGUAGAUCCUAAAUUUGAGAUGAAUACAACACUAAGAGAAGCUGUGGAUCACUUUAAAAGGAGUGGCCUGGAUAACCCUGAGGUUCUUUGUGAUGUUUGCAUUGGAGUCGGGCUGACAGCCCUGAAAUCCUGCCUGAUGUGUUUGACAUCUUACUGUAAGACUCACCUUUACCCUCAUGAGCAAGUCCCAGCCUUAAAGAAACACAAGCUAAUAAACCCAGUGAAGAACCUAGAGGACUACAUAUGCCAGAAGCAUGAGAGACCACUGGAAAUGUUAUGUAGAGUUGAUCAGAAAUAUGUGUGUGAUUUCUGUAUUAACACAGACCACAAGACUCACAGCACUGUUCCGAUAGAGGAAGAGAGCAGGAAGACAAAGACACAGCUGGGGCCAGUGCAAGCCAAAAUGCAGUGGAUGAUUCAUGAACGUCUGAUGAAGCUUCAAAAGAUUAAACAUUCAUUAAAGCUCAGCAAAAGAAACACAGAGAAAGAGAAAGCAGACAGUGUUGAAGUAUAUACUGCUCUGAUCCGCUCCAUUGAGAGAAGCCAGGCUGAGCUGCUUGAGGUAAUGGAGGAGAAACAGAAAGCAGCAGAGAAGCAGGCUGAAGAACUCAUUAAAGAGCUGGAGCAGGAAAUCACUAAGUUAAAGAGGAGAGACACUGAGCUGGAGCAGCUCUCCCACACUGAGGACCACCUCCACCUCCUACAGAUUUACCCAUCACUGUGUACCCCUCCACACACCAACAACUGGACUGACAUCAAUUUUGAACCAUAUCAGAGUGUAGAGACUGUGAGGAAAACUCUGUCUGAACUUCAGAAGAGUCUGAAUGAGAAGCUGUAUGAAGCUGUUUUUAGAGAAAUGAAGAGGUCUAAUGAGUAUGCAGUGAAUGUGAUGCUGGAUCCUGAAACAGCUCAUCCCAAUCUCAUCCUGUCUGAUGACGGAAAACAAGUGAGACACACUUGCAGACAACAAAAUCGACCUGAUGACUCACAAAGAUUUGAUACAUGCUGUAAUGUCUUGGGAAAGGAAGGAUUCUUCUCAGACAGAUUUUACUAUGAGGUGCAGGUCAGGGAUAAAACUGAUUGGGUUUUAGGAGUGUCCAGAGAGUCCAUUAAGAGGAAGGGGGUAAUUACACUGAGCCCUGAGAAUGGAUUCUGGACUGUGUCUUUGAGAAAAGGCAAUAAAUACGAUGCUAAUGAUAUUACUCUGGUUCCCCUCUACCUGAGAGAGAAGCUCCAGAAGGUGGGGGUGUUUGUGGAUUAUGAGCAGGGUCUGGUUUCUUUUUAUAAUGUGGAGUCCAGAUCUCAUAUCUACUCUUUCACUGGUCAGUCCUUCACUGAGAAACUCUAUCCAUUCUUCAGCCCUGGUAAUAAUGAUGGGGGUAAAAACUCAGCUCCACUGAUCAUCUCACUUGUGUCUAAGAAUUGAUAAGCAGUUCAACUUCAAAGAGUUAAUAUGUUUGCAAUGGAAAGAUGUGAGAAAAAAAAAACUUUAGACUAAAAGCCAACCUUAAAAUUUCAAUGUAUGAAUUUUUCUAAUUUGUUGACAGGAAACAUUUUAUAAGGCACUGCACAGACAUUUAAAAGAUAAAAGAUAAGGCAACUGCCAGAAAAAUGCUACUAUAUAGAAUUAAUUUGCAACUAAUUUGUGAUACUGUCACACAGUAGAAGUAUGUAAUCACAAAUGUGUGUUUUCUCAGUACUACAUAACUGUCAUUUCAUUAUUAUUACUGCUACUGCUACUGCUACUGCUACUACUACUACUACUACUUGUACUAAUAAUAAUAAUAUAGAACCUUAUUUCUGAAAUCAUUGGAACGAAUAAUGCUCCCCUUCAUGAGCUCAUAUGCACACAAAUGCUUAAAAUACAUUUGAAAAACAUCUCACUGUCUUAGACUGAGAUUUUAGAUUUUAAGUAUUCUGUCAUUCAUUUCUGAAACAACUUUUCUUCUGUUUUUGCUGCACAUUAAUUAUAAUCACUCAAAGUGAAUAAGUCCUUCCUUUUUCAUUCAUCUGCUGCUGCUGGAACACAAUUCCAGAUCAGUUCAGUGUAAUUUCUGGUAACAUUUACUGCAAAGUCUUUUGUCAUUAAUAAAAUGAAAGAUGUACAAUUACAGAUUAAGAUUUAAUGAAGGUAAACAUGGUUAUGAUAAUGAGUUGAGUAAAUCUAUUAAAAAGUCUCCUGUUGAUUUUUUUUAAAGGCUGUUUCAUGCAGCAGUAUUAUAAACGGGAAUUCCACCAACGUUUCAAAAUUUCUAGAUAAUUCAAUCAAUGAGACGUAAACAAAGUCAUUCAGAGUGAUGUUAUAAACUUUUGUGAAGCAGUGUUUAAAAGCAUUAACGCCUAUGAAAAGGCUGGUUCCUAUCACCAAACGCCACUGUGAACAUUUCUGAAUCUGUACAUUUCUCUACAACUGAACAUUUCACAUCAAGCCACUCUAAAUGACUCUGUUUGUAUUUUAGUGAUUGUCCAGAAACGGAAAACUACUGAAAUUCCCUUUAAAAAUCUUUAAGCUGUAACACAUGACAAUCUAUAACAGCCUGCCCUCUAACACUUCUGUAGCACGUUCAGUAGAUGAUAAUGGCAAUGGCCAACCAAAACAGAACAGCAGAGAUAAAAAUAAAAUAAAAAUAAAACGGUGGUAUGUGAAGGUGCAUAGACUAACAACACAUGACAAACAAGCAUUGUGCAUAGUUGUGCAUAAUAAUAGAAACACGUAUCACAUACACACACACACACACACACUCUUUUGCUUUCCUCUGUUAGGCAGGACAGUAGGAGGAACUAUUGAGCAUUUACAGAGAAACUGAAGUGAAACUUACUUGUAUUAGGAGCUCUGGGCUGCUGGUGUCCUACUUGGAUCGCAGUUUCGCCACUUCUACUACUGACUCAAACAUUCUUUGUGUACCCAGACAAAACUGACACUCGGGUAAGUGAGGAUAAGCAGAGCGCUGCUGUUUUUAAUCCAGAAAUAGGAGUUUAUACAGCUGCAAAUCAAUUAAUGUGAACGUAGACAAUUUACAGCUCAGUGUCCACAGUUUAGAGGGAAGUCUUAUACAGAUAUAAAUAUGUUUACAUGAUUUGUAAUGUCUCCAUAAGCUUUUUAUGUUUUUCUAACAUAUUGUUUAAUAAUGGAUACC